UUUCAAGAGGCCAUUUCCUUUUCUUUUGCGACUUGGUGUGUGAAGUUGUUGGUUGAUCGUUCUUGGUGAAACAUGACGGAAACCCUCAAACUUAGAGGCACCCUUUGUGGUCACAAUGGCUGGGUUACGCAAAUUGCGACAAACCCAAAAUACCCAGAUAUGAUUUUAUCAUCCUCACGAGACAAAACUCUUAUCGUUUGGAAAUUGACAAGAGACGAAACUAAUUACGGCGUCCCUCAGAAGCGUCUGUACGGACACUCUCACUUUAUCUCCGACGUCGUAUUAUCCAGCGAUGGAAACUAUGCUCUUUCCGGUUCAUGGGACAAAACUCUUCGUUUGUGGGAUCUCGCUGCCGGCAAGACCACCAGGCGUUUCGAAGACCAUACAAAGGAUGUCCUCUCAGUGGCCUUCUCCGUAGACAACAGACAAAUUGUGUCUGGGUCUCGGGACAAGACAAUCAAGCUGUGGAACACAUUGGCGGAGUGCAAGUACACCAUUCAAGAUGAUGGCCACACUGACUGGGUGUCAUGUGUCCGCUUCUCACCGAACCAUGCCAACCCCAUCAUUGUGUCUGCGGGCUGGGACCGCACUGUGAAGGUUUGGCAUUUGACCAACUGCAAGCUGAAGAUCAACCAUCUCGGCCACUCUGGAUACCUCAACACUGUGACUGUCUCACCCGACGGUUCACUCUGUGCAUCCGGUGGCAAGGACAUGAAGGCCAUGCUGUGGGACCUCAAUGACGGCAAGCACUUGCACACCCUCGACCACAAUGACAUCAUCACAGCACUUUGCUUCUCACCCAACAGAUACUGGCUCUGUGCUGCCUUUGGGCCAUCUAUAAAGAUCUGGGACUUGGAAAGCAAGGAGAUGGUUGAAGAACUCAGACCAGAAAUCAUCAACCAAGCACAGAAUGCCAAGGCUGAUCCCCCACAGUGUCUGUCUUUAGCCUGGUCUACUGAUGGACAGACUUUGUUUGCGGGAUACUCUGACAACAUCAUCCGAGUCUGGCAGGUGUCCGUCUCAGCGCGAUAAGGAUGAAACUGAUUUCAUUUAUUUUUGUACAUCCGAAAAUAUUUCUUUUCAAUGACUGAGGUGUAAGAAUAAAUGGAGUUGACUUCAUAAAUAA